AUGGCGGCACGUGUUGUUGUGAUUAACGAAUUGCUCUAUUUCGUAAACAAUAAUGUCGAAUUAAUUGAUAAUGAAACUUUUAUAAACAACAUAUCUGACUUUUACACAAACGAGGAUAUUAUUACUGCUACUAAAUUGUUGAAAAGCGAUAUUGAAAACUUAAAAUUGGAUAACAACGACAAAUUACAAAUGCACGGGAACACAAAAAAGGACAAAUUACUUGAAUGUCUCUCGCUUUUUAAAUAUCUGAAAACUAACAAUAUGUUAGACAAAUGUUCAAUAUUUGUCAGCUAUAAUAUGGUAAAAAUUCCAAAGUUAGAAAGUAUAGCUAACUUGAAUUUUGUUAAUUUAAAAAACGAAAUUAGAGACAUUGUUCACUCUCAACUGGUGCGCUUAAACAAUAUAAUCGAAACUAAUAAACAUGAUAUUCAAGUCUUAAAAAACAAAACAAGUUUAUUGUCAAAUAUUAAUGUUGAAAACAACUGUAAAACUGCCAACUCUGAAAACAUUAAACCUACUGUUUUGCCGAAUAUUCCAUUUGCCAACUCUACCGUCCAGCUUGGAAAACCCCUGUGGUCCGAUAUUUCAAGAACCCCGACCGAAGACUCGUCGUUCACCCUUGUCACCAGAAAAAAUAAACGCCCGCGCGCAUUAACCAGCGACACUGACAACAACAACAUUGAAGCAGAUACAAAUUCAAACAAACGUUCAGCUCCAAAAAUUAUUGGUAAAAAAGAAGUUGACUGCAAACUAAAAGCCGAUAAAGUUCUGUACAACAAACGUGUCUACUCAAUGAGUAACAUCCAGAAAUGUUCAGCCAGCGAUGUCAGCGAAUUUUUAUCAUCAUGCGGGAUUAACGUGUUAUCAUGUUAUCCGGUAUUUAAAAAUACCGAGCCAUCAAAGUUCCCCACACCAACCGAGACAACCAAGAUUCAUCAAUGUUUCGUGUCUGCAUUGACAAAAUAG